AUGACAUAUAUUUUGGUGCUGCGCUAACCGUUUUUACAGUUGUCUUUGUCUUAUGCGAGGUAGAAUAUGAGAACCAAGGAACAUUUAUUUGUUGACGAGGAAGAGUACUAACUUUAAUGCGCUGCUCAUUUUGAACAAUAAACAUUUUACUGAUGAAAUACUAUUAACUUUUUCAACUAAAUUUAGCUGUUUUCUUUUCUCUGCACCAAUAAAGCGGCUGAAACUCAGACUCAGUUUCAAGGAGGUGACAGAGACAGGGUAAGGUGACGCAGGACGGAGCCAUGGUGCUGAUCCUGGGAAGGCGGCUGAUCCGCGAGGACUCAGCUGCCCGGGACUCCCCGGCGGUCAAGCGCAAGGUGUUCGAGGUGGAUCCCAAGGGCCUCACCAGCCACGACGUCUUCGACUUCAACUCCGGCUCCACCCACGCCGAGGGCAUCCUCCAGGCCUUCAACGAGUUCCGCGACAGCCGCCUCUUCACCGACGUCAUCAUCAGCGUGCAGGGGCGGCAGUUCCCCUGCCACCGCGCCGUGCUCUCGGCCUGCAGCAGCUACUUCCGCGCCAUGUUCUGCAACGACCACCGCGAGAGCCGCGAGAUGCUGGUGGAGAUCAACGGCAUCCUGGCCGAGGCCAUGGACAGCUUCCUGCAGUAUGUCUACACGGGCAAGGCCAAGAUCACCACGGAGAACGUGCAGUUCCUCUUCGAGACCUCCAGCCUCUUCCAGAUAGCCGUGCUCCGCGACGCCUGCGCCAAGUUCCUGGAGGACCAGCUGGACCCCUGCAACUGCCUGGGCAUGCAGCGCUUCGCCGACGCGCACUCCCUCAAGCACCUGGCCAGCCGCUGCCGCGUCUACGCCAUGCAGAACUUCUUCGACGUGGCCCAGCACGAGGAGUUCCUGGAGCUGAAGCGCGAGGAGCUGGAAGAGCACAUCGCCAGCGACGAGCUGGUCAUCAGCAAGGAGGAGAUGGUGUUCGAGGCGGUGAUGCGCUGGGUCUACCACGACACGGAGGUCCGCCGGCCCAUGCUCAAGGAGCUGCUCCACCACGUGCGCCUGCCCCUCCUGCACCCCAACUACUUUGUGCAGACGGUGGAGGGCGACCACCUGAUCCAGAACGCGCCCGAGUGCUACCAGCUGCUGCACGAGGCCCGCCGCUACCACGUCCUGGGUAACGAGAUGAUGUCGCCCAGAACCAGGCCGCGCAGGUCCACGGGCUUCUCCGAGGUCAUUGUGGUGGUUGGCGGGUGCGAGCGGGUGGGGGGGUUCAACCUGCCCUACACGGAGUGUUACGACCCCGUGACCGGAGAGUGGAAGUCGCUGGCCAAGCUGCCGGAGUUCACCAAAUCGGAGUACGCCGUCUGCGCCCUCAGGAAUGACAUUCUGGUCUCAGGCGGCCGAAUCAACAGCCGGGACGUGUGGAUGUACAACUCCCAGCUCAACCUGUGGAUCCGCGUGGCCUCCCUCAACAAAGGCCGAUGGCGCCACAAGAUGGCUGUCCUUCUGGGAAAGGUGUAUGCUGUGGGAGGCUACGAUGGGCAGAGUCGCCUGAGCAGCGUGGAGUGCUACGACUCCUUCUCCAACCGCUGGACGGAGGUGGCCCCCAUGAAAGAGGCGGUCAGCUCCCCGGCUGUGGCCAGCUGCGCCGGCAAGCUGUUCGUCAUCGGGGGCGGGCCGGACGACAACACCUGCUCUGACAAGGUCCAGUGCUAUGAUCCUGAGGCGAACGCCUGGCUGCUGAGAGCCAACAUCCCCAUCGCCAAGCGCUGCAUCACCGCCGUGUCCCUCAACAAUCUCAUCUACGUGGCCGGAGGCCUAACCAAGUCUAUCUUCUGCUAUGACCCUGUGGAGGAUUACUGGAUGCAUGUGGUGCACACGUUCUCCAAGCAGGAGAGCUGUGGCAUGUCAGUCUGCAAUGGGAAGAUCUUCAUCCUGGGGGGGCGAGGGGAGAACGGGGAGGCCUCAGACACCAUCCUGUGCUACGACCCCUCCACCGGCAUCAUCACAGGCGUGGCUGCCAUGCCCCGCCCCAUCUCCUACCACGGCUGCGUCACCAUCCACCGCUACAAUGAGAAGUUCCACCGGUCCUGACCCCAAGGGCAUCUUCACCCCAAGGAGGAGAUAAGCUGAGCCACUUGUAGCAUAUUCAGUUUUUUUUUUUGUGUCUCAGACCAUUUCAGAUCACAUAACAUGGGCAGAAUCUCAGGUUCACACAGUGCUCAGCAACCCCAUGUCACCAGAUACUUAUCUGUUCAUUUCCAAAACUUGACGCAAGAUGCACCUUUUAUUGCAUCUUUAUAUGCAUAUUACUUUGUAUUAAUUAAAUACAUAUGAUGAGAUAUGAAGUCCAAAACAUAUAAGCAGCACGUGUUUAAUGUACAUAAUUACAAUUUAAUUAUAUGGAAUUGCAUAUAUGAACGUUUUCUUAUUUUGUAGGAUGUAUUUUGACCAGUUCGCUUGUAGCAUUAGUUUCAUCCUUCGCCAUGUUCAUUACACUGAAAAAAGGAAUUAAAAUGGGAGCUAUUAUUUUUUAAAAUGAUGCCUUAACAAAUUAUAUUUGUAAUUCCAUUGCUACGAUGUGCAAACUGCACAGUGGAAGAUGAAAUGUUAAUUCUACGUAGCUCAUAUAUUUCUCAAGUAUGUCUGAACCCAAAAAGCCAGUUCUGAAAGCCAGAUUAUAAAGAAAGCGUUCAGAACGUCAACGAAUAGGACGUGUUAAAAACUGGAAGCUCUUUUUCUGAAAUGCGCGCAGUAGCGAUAAUCCCUUUUCUGCAGAAUCGGUGAAAACAAGCUUUCCCGCAUUUUGUGCCGUUGAUUCGCCCCAGCUUUCCCGCGAAGAAGAGCGGUUUUUCCUGUGAAAUGAUGAGCUGAGAAGGCGAGACAGAGGAAUGUAUGUGAUUCCUAAGCCUUGCGGCGGUGCUGUCUGAUUCUGUCCCUGUCAUGUGAUCUGAGAGCUGAGAUACACGCUCCAUUACCACACUGUCCCCUCCCUGCAAUGUGGCUGCUUCUAUAUUCAUCCACUUAUUAUUGUUAUUUUCUAUUUUGCUAAGCACAUACUACUAUUUUUUACUGUGUUUUAAAUAUUACGCGCGUUUUUUUGUUUGUUUCAAAAGGGCGGCGUCAGUGACGUUUUUUGCUUUGAGAGCGAGAGAGAGAAAGAGGGAGAGAUUGAGAGAGAACGAGACAUUCUACAGUAUAGUGUAAGUUUUUGCGUCAAGUCUUGUUUUACAGUAUGUAGCUAUUCAGGUGAGAUUCUGUGUGGUCACGCAUACCCCCGAUGUAGACAAGGAAAUGGGGGAGGGUAAAUUAUAAGCAUAUGGAAACCUACUCGGAGCAAACGGAAGACCCAUCUGUAUGACAAAAAAACACCUCUUGUGUUCAAGGUAGAUGCAAAGUGGCUUAGCAGAGUAAUGAUUUUAUUAAGCCUUAGAAUGUUUCUUCAUGGGUGUCAUAAUAGAAUAAUGUACCACUGUGCCUUACAGUCAUGCCUUUCUGAAUGUUAGCUAGAGCCAAGGGUCAGUGCGGUUGCUAUCCUUUGUUCAGGUAACAUAGCUUCGGGUAACCAAGGAAACCUCUUGUGCCUUAUUAGAUCUCAGGGCAGUGGGGAAGACGGCGGCAGGCAUUACAUGACCACGACCCGACCGUUUACAUGGUGGGAUUUAGCGAGAGCUCUGAGUGAGAUUUCCCUCCUGACCCUGGUCUGUGAAUGUGGCCUGUUCUCACCUGAGUGAAUAUUGUGAGGCUGUGAAUAGGCUCUUUUUUAUUAUUUCUUUUCCUGGGUUUUGAGAUAGCUGAUGGUUUUAGAUUUACGGUUGCUCUGUCUUUCAGUGUGCAUUGUCUUUUUGUUUUGUAACUGAUGAUAACAAAGAGCCCCGAUCUGUGCACUUUUGUUUCUUAUUUUUAAAUAAUAUCACAGUGUAAAUAUUUUUUUUAUUCCUUUUGCUUUUUUUUUUUUUUACUGUAUCAGUAAAUGUUCAUGGCUUUUGUGUGACAAGAUGUGUGAAAGCUGUCAGCACCUCCAACUGGCCACCGCAUCGUACAGUUGAGGGAGAUUUGAACAUGGACAGAGAAGAGCACCCCCUGCUGGUCAAGGGCAGCCUAUCAGUAAAUAACCACUGAGUCAGAGGGGUCACAGAGAGAUUAGAUGAGUACAGAUGUGAGAGGGAGAGCUUUGCUGUUGAAAGCCUUGUGAUUUUAACACGUCAGUGAUCGGCAAGUUGUGUCAAGUCUCUGAGCCGAGUCUCCUUUACUUUUCUGAAUGUAUCAGAGCACAUUCAGGAAACUUCCUCAUAUUGCUGUAUUUUCAGGGAUAUAAAAUCACAGAGAGGCAUGCAAGGAAAAAAAAGAUUGAACAGAAUUUGAAAUCAUUCUAAAACUAAACAAGGUGUGUGUGGAAAAUCAGGUGGUUUGGUAAGACAUGCAGAGCACUUCUCUCUACAGUUCUCUCUCCCAGUUCUCUCUACAGUGGUGAUCAAACAAGCCUGUAAGAAUGCGAUAGAGUGCCUGUGUGUUUAGUCCUAUUUACACAAGUGGCUAAGCAUUAUGUCCUCAUAUUUUUUUGUAUAUAUUUUAUUUGCCUUACUUUCAUGUUGUUUUUACUGUGGUCUUCUUUAAAGGUUUAAUUUUUGCUGUUAUUGCUAUUGUUUUUGAUUCUUGUUGGGUUAUUCUAUUUAGUGGGGUUUUUAAGCCCUGUGUUCUGGUGGGCCCCAUAUCUAGGCUGAUUUUACUGAGAGACUGAUGAUGGCACGGGGCAGCGAAUGAAAAGGUGGUAGACCGCAGUAGAGUAUGGGAAAUGUAGGCCUGCUGGUCAUCAGUUCCGGCAGUCUGGUGUUUGGGAGUGAGUUUAUAGUGUUAGUGUUACUGCCAACACCACACAUGCUCCCACAAUCUGACACAAGUUUGAACCAGUUUCAUAUCACUUUUUUUGUUGCCGCAACCAGACAGGUGUGCCAAGAAUGAACCUCCUCUCAUAAUCUGUAUUCACUGCAUCCCAAUGAAUUCUUUAUGGCCUCUUGUACUCCGUUAUUCAAAAAAGUCUAAAUGAUACGACUCUGUAGUACAAUCUGAUCAUUAGUCCAAUGUGUCAGCAAACCCAUUCUUAUUUUCUGUUUCUAAUGUUGUAUUUAUAUAAGUUUGUCUGGUGUAUGUGUGCGACCGUGUCACAUGUAAAAAUUUCCUACAUAUAGAUUCAUGGAUUAAGCUCUUUCUGUCAUAGUUCCUGGAAAGAAAAAUGGGGAAAUAAUGUAGGAAAUAAGUCUUGUAGGACUUGUGUGGUAAAAAAACACAAUUUUUUGUCUUCAGAGACUUUGGGGAUUUUUUUGUACUUGGUUCUAGAAAGUGCCUUUGAUUGUUUGUGGAGGCACCGUGAUUUGGGGAGAAGAAUUGGGCCUCUCCUGGAGGAGUGGAAAAAAAAAAAGAGGGACGUGAGGUUGGCUCUGGAAUGCCGGAGAAGAUUCCGUUACGGAAUGGUGGAAAGAAAGCCAGUGGAGACAGGCCGGUUGAAACAACGCUUACUGUCUGAGGGAGCAUAGCCAUUGUGACAUCAGUGGGCAUGUCUAUUGGAGUGACCCAGAUUGGAGGAUUCUGGGAGAAGUGGGCGGGGUGAGCUGCAUGGCUCUCAGAUGUAACUUCAUUGUUUUUUUUUUGCUCCAGCAUAGGCGAUCUUCCUGAUCCAGGAGAGGAGGGGAAGCCGUGGCUCCAUUUAAAACGAUUCACUUAACCUUUUUCAUCCAUUAUUAAGCCAGUAUUAGGCACCAGGUGUAAUGACUGUGUAACUGUAUGUGUGAGGUCUUAACGUGUUCUUUUCCCCUCAACCUGCUUCUUUGAAAAAAACAAAAGUGUGAGUGGUAGGCUACCUUUUUAUGCCUGUACUCAUAGCUAUAUUAUUGAUGCUUUAAUAAAUUCAUUUUCUGUACGUAAA